AUGAUGAACAACAAGGCAUCGGUUAAACCUAUAAAUCCUGUUAAAUUUAACGCAAUUCUCCAACCAAUACAUUCUUGUAAAUUGUCCAAUGAAUCUGAUGCUUCACCAGAUCUAGUUAUUUUUGUCAAAUCAGCAUUGUUACACUUCGAAUCACGUAAUAAUAUACGCCAAUCUUGGGGUAAUUCAAACUGUUUCCGUUAUUUCGGAGUGCGUGCUCGAACUCUUUUUAUUCUCGGUAGAUCAGGUUCCGCCGAUUGGGAGCAUUCCAGUACUCAAAAUCUGGUAUUACAGGAACAUUUAAAGCAUAACGAUAUAGUUCAGUUUGAUUUCAUUGAGGACUAUCAUAAUGUUACGUAUAAGCUGAUAGCGACAUUAGACUUUGGUAUCAAUGAAUGUUCCUCUCCUCGAUUUUUCACUUUGAUUGACGACGAUUUCAUAUUGCAUCCGUCUAAUUUGCUUCGGACACUUGCUGAAGUUACUGAAACUCAGUAUUUGAACUAUAUAGCUGGUGAUGUGUUGCGUAUCUCCAAACCGAUGAGGUUCCCGUUCAAUAAAUGGUAUAUAUCCUACUCAGACUAUCCAUACAGUUUGUAUCCACCCUUUCCUACUGGCGGAACUAUUAUUCUUAGCAUGCCUGUUGCAAAGCUUCUUUCCGUUGGUCUGAGAUAUACCAAAUUACUUCCUUUUGAAGAUGUUGUAAUCGGCCUUGUAUUAUAUAAACUGGGUAUUAGCCCUGUACAUUUGGAUGGUGUUCUUGCAGUUCGUCAACCAGACGAUCAUAUUGGUGAUCUCAUAAGUAUUCAUGGGUAUGGUGAUAGUUCCUUUUCUUUAUCUAGUUGGAAUAAGCUUGGUUUACAGUGGGGUUAG